GACGCUUGCAUAAAAAAAUCCCUUCCCAAGGAAAAACUAUCAGUGUAACUUGACCACCUUUCAAAGUUAUCUGUCCCUUACUAAAGGACCAACUUAGACAAGGUCACCACUAUGAACAAGUUUGUUCUCUUCGCCAUGGUAGCAUGGUCCACAGUUCUAUUUCAGCAAACUGUCGUUUCGGAAACAUUUGGGAAUGAGGAAGCGAGAGAUUUUGGGGCCGAGAAAGAAGUAUCAGCCAAUGCAGUUACAGAUGAAGGAUGGGAUCUUGAUUAUCUGAACGAUGACUAUGACUUCGACGAAGACGAAGAAGAAGAAGAGGAGGAAAAUUUUCCGGAAAGCUUUGUGCAGGAAGACCCAAAACCAUUCUGGGGUCGCAAAGACAGAGUGGGAUUGCAUAAGGUUCGGAGAAAUUGAGUCGGAGAAUGCCGCGUAUAAGGACCUCGAUUUCAAGAAUCCCACACACAGGAAUCCCAAGGAUCACAAUCAUGAGAACAGUAACAUCUUAAUUUCUUAAAGAAAUAGAAGUGAAAAUAUGUUAAUCUGCUGAUCUGAAGUGUUUCAGUCUCCGCUUUAAAAUGAUGUGUACUGAAAAUUAAUUACUCGCUUGUUGUCUCAGCCGAACGUUUUAAUAAAGCACGCUUUACUUCA